AUGCUUUGGGUUCACUUUAAGAGGAGGCAGAAAAUGGUGCAGUUAAAGUCUCCAAGAGCAGACUAUACAUACAACGAAGACGACUAUGUACCACAGAAAACGACCUAUAAAAGGGCCAGGAAAGGCAAGUCAAGAUCAGGAAAGACAACUCCUCCCUGCGAGGUGUGUGGGAAAGUAUUUGGCAGUAAGUCGUCUCUUGACAGACACCUGCAGAUACACACUGGACAGCGUCCUUUUCCAUGCAAUGAGUGCGGUAAAAGAUUCUCAUGUAGGAACCACUUGAUUACUCACAAGAGAACUCAUUCUGGAGAGCGGCCCUAUCCCUGUGACCAGUGUGGUCGGAGGUUCAUCAAUCACCAGCACCUCGUCCUCCAUCAGGUAGUCCACACUGGUGAAAAACCCUUCUCAUGUCCCGUGUGUGGGAAAGGCUUCACUCGGCAAUCCAGCGUGGUCAAGCACUCCGGCAUGCACGCAGAACAGAAGCCAUACGUGUGCAAGGAGUGUGGCAAGAGUUACUGCCAAUACGCCAACCUGGUUGUCCACCAGCGGCAGCACUCAGGUGAGAAACCAUUUGUCUGCAAGUACUGUGAUAAAGCCUUUAUAUGUAAAGCCACCAUGUUGAGGCAUCAAAUGGCUCACACAGGGGAAAAGCCUUUUCCAUGCCCUCAGUGUAAUAAGUGUUUCAUUGACAACUCCACACUGUCAAAGCACAAGCGUAGAGUACAUUCUGCGUAG